AUUUCGUGACGGCUCCGCCCGGCGGGGCGGGACGGGCCGGGGCAGCCAUGGCGGAUCGGGGCCGAGGGCAGAGUCCGAGCACCAUGGAGGACCUGCUGGAUGUGGAGAACAAGCGGAUGGCCGACAGCCUGGCCAGCAAGGUCACCAGGCUGAAGUCGCUGGCUCUGGAUAUUGACAAGGAUGCUGAGGAACAGAACCGCUACCUGGAUGGCAUGGACUCAGAUUUCCUGAGCGUGACGGGGCUGCUGUCGGGCAGCGUGAAGCGCUUCUCCGGCAUGGCGCGCUCCGGCCGGGACAACCGCCGGCUGCUCCUCGCCGUGUCCGUGGCGCUCGUCCUCAUCUUCUUCAUCCUCUACUACCUGGUGUCCCGGGCAGGGACCUGAGCCCGGGCUGGGAGGUGGCACAGGCCGGACCCCACCAUCCACAGACCUCUCCACGCAUUUUCCAGAGGAGCCUCCAGCCACACCUCCUCCUUCCCAGUGACUUUUGCUCCCUCCAGCUCCUCGUUGUUGCUCCGGCUGGGCCCAGACAGCUCUUCCAAAACAAGUUUGGCUCCAAAGGGAUCCUCAUGUCUAACAAGAUUUUGGGGUCAUGGCUCAGGCCGUGUCCUCCUUCCUUGUCCACGUGCCGUGGGCUGUUUCUAAGGGCCACUUCCACAUCAUCUCCCUCGCUGGAAACCAGGAACUAACAGGGACUUGUGGAUAUUCCAUAACCCAGCUGAGCUUGACCAGCUGUAGGAUUUAGGAUGCUGGUUAACAGGAUUUGGGAGUACCAAUGUGUGACUUGCAUUCCGUGUGGCUGCUCUCCAUUUCCCUGGGGCUUGCAGACCAUAUCCCUGGGCUGAAAAGAAACCCGUGCUGCUUUUGGGUGGAAUUAGCAAUGGAUCUGGGUCUGGAUACUCUCAGACUGUGGCAGGGAAGAGACACAGGGGAGCAGGACUUUCAUUAAAUCCUGGCUUGGUUGUCUUUAUCACCCUUGUGGGCAAACUGGGCUGGACCCUGUGGGAGGGCAGGGCCACAGUCCAUAACCACAUGGAUUUGCACUUGUGUGGAACCUCCCAGAACCUUCCCACACAUGUGCAAAUUAAGUUACUAAAUCGGGCUCCCCUGCUUUUGGAGCACUUUAGGAGAUGUUGUGCCAAUAAAGCAGGGGUUGAGGUGGAAUUCCCCCACAGUGCUGUCAGGAGUGGGGGGGAAUCGACAGAUUUGCUGAUUUGUUUAUGAAUUUAGAAGGUGCAAAAGGAACCCCUUGCCUUGCCUUGGGGACUGUUUUUGCUUAUUUUCUUCUCUCUUCCUGUAACAGCCAGGGCUCAGCCAUUCCUCCUUCUCUGAUUUAGACUCUCCAGCAAACCCUCUUCAUGGAUGGCUGGGUGUUCCUUUGCCUUCUCCCUGUUCCCACUGGGAAUUCAUUUGCCCUUGGACUAACUCGGGUCCACAGCUAUGAAGGGAAUGUUGUCCCACGUACCAGACUGCUCACAAAACACACCCUGGCUGGAUUAGGUGUGUUCUUUUCCACAUGUGGGAAAAAAGGCUGCGGGGAAGGCAAGGAGAAAGGAGGCAGCAGGAACUUCCUCUGGCUCUUCCUGCUUUCCUGGUGCAACGUGGCAGCUCUGGGCUCUUUUCUUUGGGAAGAAUCAAUGGCCUGUGAUUCCUGGAGCAGGUGACUCCCGACAAAAGGCCCCAGGAGCAGCCCGGCCCUCACCCUGCCGGGGUUUAUUUUGCCUUUCCUGCUGUAAAUAAAGCUGAUUUUAGACCUUUUA